CAGCUUUGACAGGUGUCUUUUUAGCUCAGCACUGACAUCUUUUCUUAGGCUGCAACUUCCUGCAGGAUCUAUUUGAGAAGUUUCCGAACGCAUAAAUUACGUCGGCACACACAAAGAAGAACAACAGAAAUGUUAAUUACUGCCACUUUCCAAUUGCUGAGUCUCUCCUUAAUGGGUUGAGCAAGUUUUGUCUGGUGUGCUUUUUUCUUUUCUUUCUUCCUCUUUUUUUUCUUUUUCUCCAGAUAAAUUAUCAAACGACUUCAACAUUUGGCGAUGGUGCGCUCGGAAUAAUGAGAGCUUGUUUUUCACGUUGUUGCUCUUCAUGCAGAUCCUUUUUCUGAAGGCACGCUAAGGGAGCUGACAAAAAACGCAAUAUGAUUUAUAAGCCCAAAAUACUUUCUGCCAUGCUUAAAGAUGUUUUUGCCAAAAGCGCUGUUCUUGUCAUAUCCCAUAAAAAGCAUGAAGGUGGUGGUGUGGGGAGAUGGGAUGGGGACGUUUGUGGAUCGCCCGCAAGGUGCCGUGUGCUGCCAUCCAUGGGUGGUGACGUUUGGCGCAGGUUUCGCAUCGCUGCACAAUUUGAUGGCAUCUCAGAUCUGCCCCGUGCUGGGAAAUGGGACCGUCAGUGCCGGUCUAUGCAGGUUAAACCUUCUUUACAUCCUUUGGAUCUCAGCAGUGUUUGUGUGCUCGGCUUACCCAGUUGGCCCUUCCAUGAGCAGCAAUCCUUUUUAUUUGAAUUGCCAGCUGUAUGGAAAAUCUGAUUACUGCCUGGUGCUGCUGAAUAGCUGCUUAGCCAAGGUGGGCAGGAGCGAAGAGCUGGCUCUCCUAAAGCCUCCCUUCCUGGAGAUGCCUUUCAACAAACGGUCCUUCCGCAAUGGUGUGGGAUCAGGAAUUAAAAAAACUUCCUUUCGAAGAGCAAAGUCCUAAACAAAUGUUCCAAGCCGUACCCUCGGUUUUAGCAUCCCAUGCCCAACUUUGUGCUUAAAAUCACCUUAAUGCUUUUUUCUGCCAAAACCAUCAGACACAAAUGUACCCGUGUCUUCAUCUUGUAAGCAGAUGUUUAUUUCAAAGAGCACAAGCCAAGUGGAGCAGAUGGGAGCACUCAGAAUGGGCUUUGUUUUUGGAGUUACAGUAUCAUAAAGUUUUGUAUGGAAAUGAAUGUUUUCAUUUGGUUAAUUCCCCUUCUUUGUAAAGCUACAGACUCAAUCAGCUGGCUCCUGAUUAGCACAAAGGCAGCCGUCCUGUCCCAACCCCUCUUGUUGCUGCCAGCUGCUGUGGCAGCGUUCGCACAGAU